AUGUUAACAUUAUCAGUAACCAUUAUUUCGGUUGAGGAAAGGUGGGUAAUUUGGUCUACGUGUUGUGCGGCCGAGUUUGUUUCGUUGGUGAGCUUAACAGGUAUCUUCUCGCAUUUGUACUGGGACAAGAUGCUACAAGACACACUUUCAAUCAUAUGCAUAUCUUUUUUCACAGCAUUUUUGGGAGAAGGCUUAACAUGGCUUUUCGUAUACAGAACAGAAAAAUACCAAAAACUGAAAGCUGAGGUAGACAAGCAAUCUAAGCGUUUAGAGAAGCAACGAGAUGUUACGGAGUCAGCUAUAGAUCGCACUGCCAAAAAGCGUUUAGAGAAGCAAGAAGAGCGAUUCAAAAACAUUAAUCGGGAGUUAUCUAUGGUUAAAAUGAAAUCUAUGUUUGCAGUCGGACUUAUAUUCACUUCAUUAUUCAAUGUUUUCAGUAGUAUGUUUGAUGGACGUGUUGUAGCCAAAUUGCCGUUUGUCCCUUUCUCAUGGAUUCAAGGACUAUCUCAUAGAAAUCUCCCAGGCAGUGAUUUCACAGAUGCUUCUUUUGUCUUUGUGUAUAUAUUGUGUACAAUGUCAAUCCGACAGAAUGUACAGAAGAUCCUGGGUUUCGCUCCUUCUCGAUCAUUCAAUAAACAAUCUACAGGAUUUGCUCAAAGUUAACAUUUGACAGUUAAUCCAGUCUCAAUGUACAUUCUUCAGUGUAUUCAACACAAAAAUGUAUUAAAAAUGACUUUUUAUGACUGUAAUGUGGUUUGUUUUCUUUUUUUAAUAAAAUCACUUGACUAAAUAAUAACAUUAAAAUUGCUAUCCAAUUGUAAAACUGUAUAUUUGUUGGUCCUUUUCUCUUAAUCAUAAUAUAUAGUAUUAGUUGA